CACAGGUUAGUGGGUGAAACUCCACCAUGAAGCUGUGCCUGCUGAGUCUCGGCAUGCUGCUCCUGCUCCACGUCGGAAUGGGAGCAGUGGCGCCCGAUCCUCCAGCUGUCAACUGUCGGUGGGGUCCGUGGUCCAGCUGGAGUGCUUGCGACCCCUGCCGCAGAACCAGAAGGCGAUCUCGAGGUGUGGAGGUCUUCGGUCAGUUUGGAGGCGACGCCUGUCUGGGUUCAGUCGGGGACAGAGAGUUCUGCGCCAACCAAACAGCCUGUCAACAACCUCUACCACCCGUGUGUUUGGACUCGGAGUUCCAGUGCGAGUCAGGCACCUGCAUCAAGAACAGACUGACGUGCAAUGGAGACUACGACUGCGAAGACGGUUCGGAUGAAGACUGUGACCCAAACCAGAAACCCUGUGGGUCCGUUUCCCUGGACACCAACGAGCAGGCGAGGACGGCUGGUUACGGAGUGAACCUUUUGGGCUCAGAUCCACGAAUGAAUCCCUUCAACAACGACUUCUUUAACGGGAGGUGCGUCUCAGUGAGGAACCCCAACACUGGCAAAUCAGACCGGAUCCCCUGGAACGUCGGUGUCCUCAACUAUCAGACUCUGGUGGAGGAGACCGUGUCCAGAGAGAUCUUCGAGGACACACACAGCCUCCUGAGGGAGAUCCUCAAAGAGAUGAGCAGCAACGUGAACGUGGGACUUUCCUUCAAAAUGAACCCAACGGAGCCCUCCAUGUCUGAGAGCACUGCUCCUCCGCCAGAUGCCGGCUCGCCUGAUGCCAGCGCCCCUGCUGCCGGCGCUCCUCCUGCUGGGUCCCUUGACCUUUCGUAUCAGUACGAAAAGAAAGCCAUGAUAAAGGAGGUCUCGGAAUACAGCACCAUCAAGAACAAGAGCUUCAUGAGGGUGAAGGGCAGACUGCAGCUCAGCACCUACAGACUUCGUUCCAGAGAACUGAAAGUCGCUGAGGAGUUCCUGACUCACGUCCAGUCGUUGCCGGUGCAGUACGAGAAGGGCAUUUACUUUUCCUUCCUGGAGGACUACGGGACGCACUACACAAAAAACGGAAAAACUGGAGGAGAAUACGAGCUGAUUUACGUCCUGAACCAGGAAGCCAUCAAGGCCAUGAAUUUGACGGAGAGGAAAAUCCAAAAGUGUGUCAAACUUGGGAUAUCUGUGGAAUUUAGCGGUGGGAGUGUUUCAGACGGAAAAGGAAACAUCAACACAGAUGACUGUGAUAAAGUUUCAACUAACGCAAAAGAUGAGGUGGCUGGAAAAGCUGUCGUGGAUAAGGUGAUGACUUCGGUGAAAGGAGGCACUCUGGAGAGUGCGGUCGCGAUGAGGGCCAAGCUCAACAAGGACGGAGUCAUGGAUGUGGAGACCUACCAGGCCUGGGCCCGGACCAUCCCAGAAGCCCCGGCGCUGCUGAACAGCGAGCCGGAGCCGAUCUACAAUCUUAUUCCAGUGGAUAUUCCGCAAGCGAACGCCAGGAUAGCAAACCUGAAACGGGCUACGUCCGAGUACGUGGCGGACUACAACGUGUCCAAGUGCAAACCUUGUCAGAAUGACGGCACGCUGGCUCUGCUUGACGGCAAGUGUGUCUGCUUGUGCCCUCACCUGUACGAAGGACUCGCCUGCCAGACAUCCAAACACGACAAACACAAGUGAAUGUGGACCAGAAAACCAACAUCAUGGGUAUCAGGGUGUGCAGUUAUGAUGUAUUUAUGCACGAUACAAUAAACGGGUUAUCUAACA